AUGAAGUUGGAGGAAAAGCUUGAGCACAGUGAGAGCCUUGGAGGAAGGAGUCCACCAUGUCUAGAUGGCAUGCCUCAGGCAAAUGGGAAACUGAAAGCAAAUGGCAAAGUGGAGGUCUCUGUAAAGCAGGAGGCAGAUGGCAAGAGCAGCAGGCUGGGGAAAAGUCUCAACACGUACACCUGGCAGGAAGUCCAGAGGCACAAUCAGGGGACUGACCAGUGGCUGGUGAUCAAUCGCAAGGUUUACAAUGUGACUGACUGGGCAAACAAGCAUCCAGGUGGGCACCGGGUCCUCAGCCACUACGCUGGGGAAGAUGCCACGGAUGCCUUCAAGGCCAUGCACCUGGAUCUGAGCAUUGUGCAUUUGUACCUUAAGCCACUGCUCAUUGGAGAGCUUGCCCUAGAAGAGCCCAGCCAGGAGAGAAACAAAAAUCCACAGUUGGUAGAAGAUUUCCGGGAACUGCGCAGGACUUUAGAGACUAUGAACAUGUUCAGUGCCAACCUGGGGUUCUUCUUUCUUCACCUUGCCCAGAUCUUGACUUUGGAAAUAUUAUCAUGGCUAAUACUAUAUCAUUUUGGCAGCGGCUGGAUGGUUACUAUAUUCAUUUCCAUUCUUCUCACAGUUUCUCAGGCUCAGAGUGCAUUUUUGCAACAUGACACAGGACACCAUUCUAUGUUUAAGAAGUCCAAGUGGAACUACUUGAUGCAGAAAUUUGUGAUGUGUCAUCUCAAGGGCCUGUCAGCAAACUGGUGGAAUAAUCGACAUUUCCAACAUCAUGUAAAACCAAACAUCUACCCCAAAGACCCGGAUAUUGAUGUGGGCCCACUUUUUCUGGUUGGAGAUACUCAACCUGUCAAGUAUGGCAAGAAGAAAAUCAAAUACAUCGACUAUGAAAUACAGCACCUGUACUUCUACAUGGUGGGGCUCCCCCUCCUCAUGCCGGUGUACUUCAAUCUCCAAUCCAUGCAAGAGAUGUACCUUCGAAAGUAUUGGACUGACAUAGCCUUGGUCAGCAGCUUCUACAUUCGGUAUUUCAUCACCUUCGGCCCUUUCUAUGGAAUUUUCGGAACGGUGCUGCUCAUAUAUUUGGUCAAGUUUCUUGAAAGUCCCUGGAUUGCAUAUGUUACCCAGAUGAAUCACAUACCCAUGAAAAUGAGCAGCGAGGAAAACCAGGACUGGCUCAGCACUCAGAUUGUGUCCACCUGUAAUGUUGAACAAUCCUUUUUCAAUGACUGGUUCACUGGGCACCUGAACUUCCAAAUCGAGCAUCACCUCUUCCCCACAAUGCCACGUCAUAAUUACCACAAAGUAGCGCCUCUGGUGAGGUCACUGUGUGCCAAGCACGGACUGCAAUAUGUGAAUAAACCCAUAUUGAAAGCAUUUGGAGACAUUGUCAGGGCCUUGAAGAAAUCUGCAGCACUGUGGGUGGAUGCUUACUAUGAAUGA